AUGCUUUCGCUUUCUCCAAAGGCAAAAGAUGAAUUAGUGAUUGAGUUAAGAAAAAGGACACAAAGAAAAGAUAGUAUUUCUGCUCCCGGAAGCACAAAAGAGUUAAUACUUUAUGCAAAAGAAGCUGUCGAAAGUGCAAAAGAAUUAAAAAAAGAGUUAGAAAUUGAGUUGGCUAAGUCAGAGACAAAAAUUCAAGAGUUGGAAGAGAAACAAGUCCUUUUUGAAGAGCAAGAAACUAAGAUCAAUUACCUUGAAUUAAGAGUCCAAGAGUUAACCAACUUAAUCAAAACUCAAAAACAAAAAAUCAUUCAAGACUUUUUAAAUGUUUUACCAGAAAAAGAGUUAAUCCAGCAAUUAAUUACUACUUAUUUAGAGUUCAAGAAAGCAGAAAAACAAGGUUCUCCUUCUCGCAAACUUAAAAAGGAGUGUAAUAAAAUUGAAGAUGUGUUGGAAGAGAGACAGGGUGAAGAUUUUGUUGACAAACUUCAACCUAUCUUAAAAGAACAAAAACAAACCUUAAAACAAAUAACUUAUAACAAAGAAGAAAAAGCAAUUGUAGAAAAGCACGAAAAAACCAGCCAAGAACAAAAUAAGAAUUACCAAGAACUAAAACUAGAAUUAGCCGAAAUGAAAGGGCAAAUUGCCAUAAUAAAAGACAGACCAACUCAACAAUUUAUUAUUUCAGGAACUAACCAGCAAGAUGUAGAAGAAAAAACCAAUGAAAUUUUAACUAAUCAAGAAAUUACUCCGCAAGAGCAAAAGGCAAUCAACCAGUCCACCAAACUUACUACUUUUAAUAGUAUGAUGGGUAUUACUAGCAAAAUAGCUAAGGCAAUUCCCGGAGGAGAAGUAGCCGAAACCUCAAUGGGAAUCAUUGGAGACACUAUUAAUUUAACCGGAACUCUUAUUCAAGAAAAAAAUUUAAAAAACAUUGCUGAACCAAGCCGAGUAACCAUGGAGACUAUUAAAAUUUUAGCUCUAGUUAAAGAUAAACCUUACCCUUUUAGUGCUGACCAUGAUGUUUUUAAGGUUGGAGAAAUUUGGGAAUCAAAUCUUCUCAACCUUAGUUUGGAAGAGUUAAAAACCUUCCUAGAAAAACUUGAUAAGAGUUUAGAAAGUUUUAAACAAGGAUUUCAAGAGCAGAGAACACAAUUAGCUGAGCAAUCCUGGUUUAAAGCAAUCGAAAAGCAAACUGAUUUAUUGAAAGAGCAAACUCAAGACUGA